AUGGUGGCGUUGCCUGUGAUCAAGCUUGGAACGCUUGCACUAAAAAAAUUCGGCAAGCCAAUUGCCAAUUGCCUCACAAAAGAGGCUAUAUGUCAUCCAAAAUUCCGUCAGUAUAUUAUCAACUUUGCGGAGGUCAGUCAUAGGCUUAAAUGGAGAGUGCAAAGACGCAUAUAUAAUUAUGCUGCUGAUGAUGUACCAAUACAACCUUUGGAUGAGGACAAGGUUGUUGGAACAACUGUAGAUCUUCUAAAGGAGUUCUUCGUAUUCACGGUUGCAGGAGCUAUAGUUAUCUUUGAAACAAGGAAAAAAGAAGAAAGAAGUAGGCUCAAGGAAAAACGACGCAGACAAGAGAAUGAUUUACUUAGACAGGAUUAUGAACUACUUAGACAAGAGCUUAGACAGGACAAGGAACAACGCAGACAAGAGAAUGAUUUACGUAGACAGGAUUAUGAACUACUUAGACAAGAGCUUAGACAGGACAAGGAACAACUGAGACAAGAGCUACAGCUUAUACAAGAGCUACAACUUAAACAGGAGAAUGAACUGCAACUACUUAGACAGGAGUUGCAGGGGACAAAUCUAAAGCAGAACUUAUUUGAACAAGAGGAAGGUGAACAUGAAAAAAAGCUUGAGAUUAAACAACUUGCAACAUUUGCCGCCUUCAUUCUUACGCUAAUGCACACCCAUGGCAAUGAAGGUCAAAAGUCCAAAGUUAUCUGA